GUGCCGGGCUGCGGGAGCCAAUCGUGUCGUAAUGACAUACGACAAGAAAUCAAAGGACAGUGAUCUUAGGUGUGUCCCGCACACCAUGACAUUGCUUGACGAGACACGAGACAGCAUCACUGCUUCUACAUAGGCGCGUGACGUUGUUGUGAAACAGAGGGUAAUGGUCACUACAUAGCGCGAUGACGGGAGUGUCCACCACUCCCUCAUGAAUGUGUGCCGAGACAAAUCAGCAACUUACGAUUCCAGUGACACAACAGCAAUGACUGAAAGACAAUUGAAUAGACAUAACUAUGACAUCAUCUCGGCCACUCGUUUUCGUGCGAGAGCCUGGGCUCCGGCGGUCUUCUCGAACGUUCGAGCGCCUGCUCGCAUGAACAGGAAAGCACAAGCAAGCAUCUCAUGAAUGGAGCCUGCCAUCGCCGCCUGACCUUGAGUCUCUGGUCGAGACUGUCCAUCCUCGUCAGCAGCUCCGUACACGCUUCCCUUUCUCGCAGCCUCCUGCUGAGUGUGGCAACGUCGCUCCUCAAGCGGUCGAUCUCACCUUGCUGCUUCUGAAUUGUUCGACUGCGAUCCUGGAGUGGACAUGGGAUACGAAGGGGUACUGGUAUCAGGCUACUGACACACCGUACCUGAUAGGCUUGAGUCAACAAGGCGAUCAGAUCCUGUUUGAUGCAAAUAGCAACACACAACAGGAAACGAGUACAAAUGUCUGAGUCAAUCGCGGCGUGCGUACUGUAAGGCGCAAAAAAUGGGCUUGGGUCCCUUCGCUGAGAGCGUGGACCGAUACGAUCUCCGACAAGACAGGCUUCACAUCCUGUGGACGCCAGGACACGGCGAAACCGCGGGAAGAGGUCUCUAGCCACCUCUGCAGGAUUUCCAGCGUACCUGCGCAACGAAUCCGAAGUUCUUGCCCCCUCCGUGCUUCGCCUGCAGCACGACCAAGGAAGUUUGGUUCAACACAGAAGCACAUGUGCGUUACCUGAUCCUUAAAUUCAAACUUCACGGGCUUCAAAGCGCUUAAAACCCCGUGAGCGUUAGCAAAUAACAGGUCAGUAGCAUUCGCCCCUCGCGGCUGGUGGGAAGCCCUCAUCUGCAGAUAUCGUGACAGGGGCUGGAUAUUCGUCUUCAACCUUGCAUCGGAAAGCAAGCUACACCCUCGAAGCACGCAAUUCGGGGAGUUGCCAAAGUCGACGGAACCAAAGGCAUUUAAGGCCGCACCAGCGUCUAUCAACAGCUGCGAACCAAGGGUCAUUGACAGCGUGCCAGCAACAACGACGUUAUUGAAAGUCGCCACAUCUUGCACAGUGAGUGACGACCCGAGACAAGCAAAUGACCUCACGGAGAGGGAGCUGCCGAUGGUGGCCAUGUCUCGAAGUGACAGGGAGCUGCCGAGGAUGACGUGGUCGAAGACGGACAGAGAGGCCCCCAAACGCGCCACGUUGUGAACCGAAAGCGACGAACCGAGGCGAGCGAAGGAUCGGACCGACAAGGACGACCGCAAGUCGGCAAAGCUGCUCACUGACAAGCUGCUGCCCAGCUCAGUCGGACCGCUCACAAAGAGGGAAGACGCCAAAGCAGAUUGGCCGUCGACCGAAAGAGAGGAGCCGAGCUGAAGCGGGCCGUCAACAGCCAAUCCGCCGCUAAUGACGCCGUCUUUGUGGACGGACAGCCGAUCGCCCACAUACGUGAAUGAUCUCACGGAGAGAGAGCUGCCGAUGGUGGCCAUGUCUCUCACUAACAAGCUGCUGCCCAGUUCACUCGGACCGCCCACAGAGAGGGAAGACGCUAGCUCAGAUGGACCGUCGACUGACAGCCUUUCCCCGACCUGCACACAUUGCAGUUAACAGACCAAUGUGUUAACAGACCAUACAGCCCAGAGCAUGUCUGAGAUCUGCUGGUCGUCGCCGCCUUACUCUGAGCCACUGAUCAAGGGACAAUGAGUAGUAUUUGGGAAGGUCCCAGUACUCGAGGAACGCACCACCAUAUGGUGUCAGUUUGAAGACAUCUUUCAUCUCCGCAAACGUCGAGUUGUACACUUUGAUGGUGAGUUGGGGAGUGUUAUCAUACUCAAAAGACGAUUCGAGCGUCGGUUGCGUUCGAUGGGUCCCACAGAAGCGAGACAGACUUGUCUAGAUACACAGCCGAGCUGAGACUGAGACUCCCAAGGAUCGACGCAUUGUGGUGGACCGUCAGCUGACUUUCGAGCUCGGUCGGCCCGCCAACAGACAGGGAAGACGCCAGCUCAGAUGGACCGUCGACUGACAGCCUUUCCCCGAC